AUGUUAGCCACCAAGUCUCCGAUCUGGAGCGCUUGGCUCUUUCUCUUACGGGUCUGUGAAACGGCGGCGCAGGGCGCUAGCCCCGACGCGCGGUCCCUCGCCGCGGCCGUACAGAAUAUCAACGGAGCGAGUUCUAUUCUCUCCCUGCUCCCUGUCCUGACGGGAAAGACGCAGAAUGUCAAGGCGGUGGCAGCGCGUACGUUUCCGGGUUCGCUUUCCAUCCUCGGCGUAGGGGCCGGUCGGGUUCUCUCGAAGCUGCAGGUUGGGCUGAUGUUGCUCAGCACCGACCUCUAUCGCAACGUCGUCUGCGAUAUGUCUGCCCCCCAUCAGGAAUACGUGAACGCCUUCUCGCCUUCGCUGGUCCAUGUCCCCACGGGUACCCCGGAGCGCCACGCCUCCAAUCUCAUUAUCAACCACAAUCUAACAGAAGACUACAUGGUCGAGGCGUGGUUCCAGACCCAGGGCCUCCCAGCGAAGGUCGAGCUCAGCCAGCGCAACACACGACGAACCUUCUGCGGGCUGGUAGCCUAUCUCUUCAUGUAUGCGCUCGAGACGUUUCUAGCGGUGCAGAACGCGGCCACCGGCACGGCAGCCCCCCUCGUCGUUUUACAGGUCGUCAGCGGGCUCCUAUGGAUGCUAGCCGUCUGCCUCCUGCAGGCAGUCCGCGGGCAGGGGACGCGGUUCAUUUACCUGAAUCGGAUGGUGACUACGGAUUACCGCUGCUUCCAGGUCGCGGUCUCCGGGAAGCACGUCCACAGCGUCGUGCUUAGCACGCAGCUGGACAACAUCCGCGAGUACAACCUUUUUGAUUCCAAGUACGAGAGCAGGCGCUUGAAGCUGGUGGGUGCAGUCACGGUGCUGAGUGGGAUCAUCGACAUCUUCGCGACGUUUCUCAUCGUUGGCCUCAGUGCUUGGGCCUACGGUUGGUUAGCUUUGCAGGUGCUCAUCAUCGCUUUGAAGGUGGUCUUCAGCCUGGAGCCGAUCCGGAGGAUCCCCAUCGUGGACGUGCAACCUUUGGUCGGCGACACACCAGGGGAUACACCUCCAGUUCUUGCCUCGUUCUCUCCGGACCCCCUCCGCAAGACGCGUCUUCCGAUCAUCGUGCAGUCUGCUCCGGAGUUCUCUUUUAGGGAAGUAUGCAUCUACCGGAAUGUCAUUGUCGAGACCGCGACGCAGCUCUGCUGGCAGUCACGUACACCGGGACUCUUCAUUGGCCAGCCCUACUACAUGCAGCGGCCAAAACUUCCGGAGAAGCAGACCAUGAACUCCAGCGGUAGCGUGCCAACGCUAGUGGCCCCGAUGCGCAUGGCAUCCCUGCGCGGGAAACAGGCUUCCGAUCCCGAGAAGACGUUCAUCUCGCCUAUAGCCGGCCCCGUCUCCCCACCCUCGUCCUACAGGUGUGCCUCGCCCCCUGGAUCCGUGUCUUCAAGAUCUACCCGAUCCACGGUCAUGGCUGGGGUGCAGGGAGGAAAUGAGAUCACAGAGCUCCCUCGUAUCGUUGUCUCUACCGCUUCCUCGCCGGUGGUAGCGUUGCCUGAUCACCAGACAGCUCCUUUCGUCUCCCAGAUACCGAUAUCGCCAGACGCACCCGCCGUGCCUCCCGGGAUCCCGCUCGCUCGCUCGGUCUCUUCCCGAACCAGCAUCGCGUCCCGCGCGCCGACCCCACCAGCGAAGUCUCCCGCCCGAUCAGCCACUCUUCCUCUUCCAUCUCGCCCCUUGAUUCGCUCGCCAUCUCCUCCAAUUCAUAACCCUUCUCUCCGCGCUACCCCACCCCAUCCACCUCGUCCGCCCAAACCCAUUCAACCACCGCCUCCGGUGCCGACGAUAGCUGGGGUGCCGAUUAUAGCAGCCCCGAAGCCCAAGAGGGAACCAUCCGCUCCUCUACCCCCUUCCCCAGAACCAGUACGCUACCUCGCGUUGAGAGACGGAAAGCUCACGCUGUCGGAGACGGAGCCUCCAAAAGAGCCGAACGACGCCCUACAGCGCGAGUUUCUCGCAUGCCUCGCCGAAAUCGUUCGCGCGAACAAGGUGCCUAGUGCUGAGUUCCUGCAGGCUGUCGAGACUGCUCGUGAAGGCCUCCGGAAAACCAUGUCUGACACCUGGUACAUGUUCGGCACUACUGACCUGUUGCGUUAUAUGCGCACUGCCUAUCGCGACCUCAUGUGGCGGAAAUACAUAUGA